CGGGGCGAGCGGGAAGGAAGGAGGAAAGGGAGGGCCGUGAGGAGCAGAAGGGGCAGACCUGCUUCUGCUCCGCUUUCUCGAUCACUUUAUUUCUUGUCUCCGCACCUCAAAAGAGACAUGCAUAUUUAGGUGACUAACUACAGGAAUAUCAAGAUGCCUAAUCUUGAACAUCCAGCGUACCCAGCAGCUGACCUGCUUCACUUGGAAAGUUUGGUGCCUUGUCGAGAAUCCCAGGUGUCCACGUUGCUGUCAUUAUUUGGCGAGCGUCAGCAGUUCAGUUUUCCAUCCAUCUUUAUCUAUGGACACACAUCUAGUGGAAAGACUUAUGUGAUGCAAACUCUUCUAACUACUUUACAGCUUCCUCAUGUGUUUGUGAACUGUGUGGAAUACUUCACAUCACGACUUCUGCUAGAAGAAAUUCUCAUCCAGCUGCAAAGCCGUUCGUCUGGCACAGAGCAGACCUCUCCUGUGCAUUGUGAUACUUUGAAUGACUUUGUUCGUCUCUUUAAACAAGCUGUGGCCAGUCGGGAGCUUCAAGAUCAAACAUUAUACAUUGUUCUGGAUAGAGCAGAACAGCUGAGGGAAAUGGAAGCAAACAUCCUGCCAGCAUUUCUUAGGCUUCAAGAGUUGACUGACAGAAACGUGACAGUUGUUCUGCUCAGUGAAAUAGUGUGGGAACUGUUCCGUCCAAACAUGGGAUGCUUUGAGCCAUUCACCAUGUAUUUUCCAGAUUACAGCAUAGGACAUCUACAGAAGAUCUUGUCUCAGAAUCAUCCCCCAGAAUAUUCUGCAGAUUUCUAUGCUGCAUAUAUCAAUAUAUUGCUUGGUGUCUUCUACAUGGUCUGUAGAGACCUGAAAGAACUUCGGCACCUGGCAGCGCUCAAUUUUGCUAAAUACUGUGAACCAGUGGUCAGAGGGGAAGCAAAUGAACGCGACACCCGCAAACUCUGGAAAAAUAUUGAACCUCAUUUGAAGAAGGCAAUGCAGACUGUUUAUCUCCGGGAAAUAUCCAGCUCACAGUGGGAGCGUUUGCAGCAUGAUGGUGGAGAGCCUGGGCAAUUGAAAGGACUUUCUGCACAUUCCCAUGUGGAACUUCCUUAUUACUCCAAAUUUCUUCUAAUAGCUGCUUACCUUGCCUCCUACAAUCCUGUUAGGACAGAUAAAAGAUUCUUUCUUAAGCAUCAUGGGAAAAUUAGAAAGACCAACUUCAUGAAGAAGCAUGAGAAGACCAGCAAUCACCUACUUGGGCCAAAGCCAUUUCCUCUGGACAGAUUGUUAGCAAUAUUAUAUAGUAUUGUGGACAACAGAGUUGCUCCAACUGCAAAUAUAUUUUCCCAGAUCACGUCUCUUGUGACACUGCAGCUGUUGUCCAUGGUUGGCCAGAAUGACCAGCUUGAUGGACCACGAUACAAAUGUACUGUAUCUCUGGACUUCAUCAGAGCUAUUGCCCGCUAUGAACAUGGGUCAACUACUGUCAAGACUGAAAGAACACAGGCUCCAAAUGAGAACAGAUGAAGGAGUACAUGCUAAAACAGGACCGUGAACUUCGACAUAAUAAAGUACUUGUACGAUUUCUUGUGAAAACAAGCUUCACAGCCAUAUGGACACUGUGACAAUGACUAAGGCAAGCUGUGUUCAUCUCUCUACUUAGCUGGCCAGAAAGAAGAGUAUUUUGGCUCUUUUGGAUUUGUCCAAACAGGUGCUGGCCCAGCAUGGAACCUGAUGAAAAUACUCUGAUUGGUCUGGGUGGAUCUGAGCAGAGGACUAUUUACCAGGGACCCUGGAGUAUUUGGAAGCAAUGUGUUAAUUAUAAACAGCAGGGUUUGAGCACAAUCUGUUCUAGUCUUAAUGAUGUUAUCUUAACACUGAAAUUGCCUGAAACCCAUUUACUUAGGACUGCAUUUUGCUCUAUGAACUCUCCCCAGUGCUUUGAACAUGGCAGCAGCCGUUGUUUGUAUGCCCAGUCUUUUCACUUCCUCUCCACAGGAAUCUUUGCAGUUGCCUGCCAAAGCAGCUUUUCCUGAGGCCACCAUUUUAGGAGAGCGGAGUAGCAAAAUAUAAUAAACAUACAAACAUGUUUAAAAAUCAA